GGUAAACAGGAAAUCAAGAAACUUAAAUAUGUUCAAAUUUCCGUUGAAUCUUAUUCACAUUUGACUGGACUGGAGGAUCAAGUUAAUUCUCUUGAGGAACAAGUGAGUGGCUUAGAGGAUGAAGUCAAGGAUUUGAAUGAAAAGUUCACUGCUGCACAGUCAGAAAUGGCUAAUAAGGAAAACCUGGUAAAACAAUACGCUGAAGUUGCUGAAGAAGCCAUCUCAGGUUGGGAGAAGGCUGAGUCAGAAGCCGCGAAACUGAACAAUCACCUGGAAUCCGUUACUCUUUUGAAGCUUACUGCUGAAGACAGGGCAUCACAUCUGGAUGGUGCACUGAAGGAGUGCAUGCGGCAGAUACGAAAUUUGAAAGAAGAACAUGAACAGAAGCUGCAUGAUGUGAUUCAGAAUAAAACCAAGCAGUUUGACAAAAUGAAGCAUGAGUUUGAAGUAAAAUUAGCUAACCUGGACCAACAGUUACUCAGGUCUGCAGUGGAAAAUUCUGCACUCUCAAGGUCUUUGCAGGAGCGUUCUAGCAUGGUGAUACAGCCCAGUGAAGAAAAAGCCCAAGCUGAAUCAGAAAUGAGAUGUUGA